AUGCCGUCCUCACGCUCUUCCUCUCCUGAGAACGACAUAUUCUCCAUAUCCACCGCCCUAGUCCCUGAACGGGCCAACAAACCUGCUACAACCACCAGACUAACUUUCGACAACCUCCUGCCCAGCGACUCUCCUCUCCUCCUCCACGAAGACCUCCAAGAAGGAUGCGGCGGCCAACUGUGGCCCGCGGGGAUGGUCCUGGCGAGAUACAUGCUUACCUACCAUAAGGUGCGAUCUCUGCUAGGCAAGUCCAUCAUCGAGAUUGGCGCUGGUGGAGGUUUGGUCGGGCUAGCUGUGGCCCUGGGCUGCCAGGUUGAUACAAAGAUCUGGAUCACAGACCAGUUACCGAUGCUUGCGCUGAUGGAGAAGAAUAUUGCUUUAAACAAUCUGGAGGGGAGGGUAGGCGCCGAAAUCUACGACUGGGGCACGCCUCCACCUUCGACCAUCCUACACAGCGGAACAGAGCACCCUGAUAUCCUUCUGGCGGCUGACUGCGUCUAUUUUGAGCCCGCGUUUCCUCUCCUACUCCAAACACUAGAAGACCUCAUAGGCCCUUCGACGACAUGCUACUUUUGCUUCAAGAAACGGCGGAAGGCAGAUAUGCGCUUCAUCCGCGACAUGAUGAAGAAAUUCGUCGUUGAACAGAUCGCAUAUACUGGGCGAGAGGCAGAUCAACGAGAAGGUAUAUUCUUGUACCAGGUCCAAAGCAGAGAAAGCACAAAACAAUGA